CUAACAGCUACACCGGAUGGUAAGCCAUUUUGGUGAAUGGUUUAUGUUUGUGUUUGUCUUCUCUCCGAUUAUUUGAUUUCCGAUUGGCUCAGUAGGAUAUUUAACUGAGAAGGAUGACAGCCUUCGAGGAGUUGGGCAUGUUGCCGGAAUUGGGCAGAGCAGUGGACGAAAUGGAAUGGACGUUGCCUACAGAUAUUCAGUCCGAAGCAAUUCCUGCAAUUCUUGGUGGCGGUGAUGUACUUAUGGCAGCAGAAACAGGAAGUGGCAAAACAGGUGCCUUUUGUCUACCCGUGCUGCAAAUCGUUUGGGAAUCCUUACGGGAUUCAAUGUUGAAUAAAACGCAUAAACCGACUAAUAGCAUUGAUGAAAGAUGGUGCUUGAAUGUGCAUGAUAGAGAUAACAAUCUUGCGAUUGAUCCGAGUGGGUUACUUUGUCAAAGUCGCGAUCCAAAGGCAUGGAAUGGGACACGCUGUACUCAUGGUGUUGUUGGCAAAGGGAAAUUCUACUAUGAAGGAACAAUAACUGAUGACGGGUUAUGUCGUCUGGGAUGGUCAACUGCGAAUGCUGUUCUCGACUUAGGUACCGACAAAAAUAGUUUCGGUUAUGGUGGCACGGGAAAAAAAAGUUACAACAAGCAGUUUGACAAUUAUGGUACUUCGUUCACGUUGGGUGAUAUUAUUGGUUGCAUGUUGGAUUUGGAUAAUGGAAUUAUUGCUUUUUCAAAAAAUGGCAAGCAUUUAGGGAAAGCUUUCGAUAUUCCGGAUACAUUGCGAAAUGCAGCACUAUAUCCUGCUGUAGUUUUGAAGAAUGCCGAAAUUCGAUUCAAUUUUGGUGAGACGGAGUUCAAACAUCUUUUUGAGGGCUACAUUGCGGUAUGCAAGGCAUCACCUGAAAAUACUGUGAUCUCGCCCAAUGGCUCAAGCGCUAAUGAAUCGAAAAAAAUAGCGGAGCCAAAUGCACCAGCGUGUAUCAUACUUGAACCCACAAAGGAAUUGGCAGAGCAAACAGAUGGUCAGUUGAAAACCUUCAAAAAAUAUCUUAAGCAGCCAACUAUCAGAAAUGGACUUGUCAUAGGCAGUAUUCCAGUGAAUGAGCAAUUAGGAAUUAUCAUGUCGGGCAUAGAUAUAAUUACAUGUACACCGGGAAGAUUAGAAGAUUUCAUCCAGAGUGGAAAAAUUCUAUUAUCCAAUGUUCGGUUCUUCAUUCUAGACGAAGCCGAUUCGUUAGUAUCGGCAAAAAAUCACUUGCCUACUAUCGAGCGCAUCCAUGCAGCGCUGCCGAAGAUAACAGCUUUAGGAGAACGUUUGCAAAUGAUUGUUUGUUCGGCGACGCUCCAUAAUUUUGAUGUUAAGAAACUUGCUGAUCGCAUGAUGCAUUUUCCACAGUGGGUGGAUCUCAAAGGACAAGAUUCUGUACCGGAGACCGUUCAUCAUGUUGUUUGCAAAAUUGAUGCCAAAACAGAUCGUAUGUGGAUACGAUUGAAACCACAGGAAAGGAUACAGACUGAUGGCAUUCAUACAAAUGAUGAAAUUCGUCCUGGAAGCGAUUAUCCAGAAACUCUUUCGGAAGGCACGAAGAUUCUAAAGGGUGAAUACGUCUUGAAGGCUAUUCGCCAGUGCAAUAUGGAUCAGGGCAUCAUUUUUUGCCGCACAAAACUUGAUUGCGAUAAUCUGGAGAGAUACCUGAGACGUAAAGCACAAGAUCUUACAUGUGUUUGUCUACACGGUGAUCGUCGACCCGAUGAAAGAACAAGAAAUUUGGAUGCGUUUAAGAAAGGAAAAGCGAAAUUCCUCAUUUGCACUGAUGUCGCUGCACGUGGUAUCGAUGUGAAAGGCAUUCCAUUUGUGAUUAAUGUAACAUUACCGGAUGAAAAAGCAAACUAUCUUCACCGAAUUGGUCGUGUAGGCCGUGCAGAAAGGAUGGGUUUGGCAAUUUCUCUAGUUUCGGCACAUCCCGAAAAAGUAUGGUAUCAUAAAUGUCCUUCACGUGGUGUUAAUUGUUUCAAUACGGCUUUGAUAACACAACGUGGUUGUGCAAUUUGGUAUGACGAACCGAAACUUUUGGAAGAUAUUGAAGAGCAUUUGGGUGUAACAGUUCCACAGAUCGAUACUGAUUUCAUCGUACCAGUUGAUGAAUUCGAUGGUAAAGUUGUUUACGGAGCAAAGCGAACUAAUACGGGCUCUCUUUACGAGGGACACGCAGUACAGCUGUCGGGAGCAGUGGCACAACUUGCAGAUUUGGAACGUUCAUUACAGCUAUCAUACUUGAGAAUGUUCAUUGCUUCAGAAAAGGUCAAAUAGGAAGAAAAAAACAACGACAUUUACUUUCAGACUUGUAUUUCGCGCAUAUGUUUCAUAUCUAACAACUUGAAAUAUUUUCUUUUUAUCAAUAGCUUCAGCGUUUUAUUCUUUGCUGUUUCUUAAACAAAUAUGACUAAAAUUCAGUGCAAGACAAGAUGAAUAUGUUUUACUUC